AACGGCGGAGGUUCGAUACUUGUUCGACGGAUGGUACUCCGCUGUUGCGUGUAAAGAAUAGAUGCGUCGCAAAUACAGUGCAGCAUUAGGCCACUCGCGAGUAGCUGACACCGGCACCAGCCGGCCGCGAGAUGAGCUGCUCCCCGGUGCCAGAACCUGACCACCACCGCCUGCUGGCCACCCUCGCGCGCCACGGCCGCCUCGCCGCCGCCGCCACGCUCUUCUCCACGGCCGUCCGCACCACACGCGCGCUCAACACCAUCCUCGCCGCCCUCUGCUCCUCCCCGUCCCUCCUCCGCCUCGCCCCCUCCGUCCUCCUCCUCGCCGCCCCCACCGCCUCCCCCGACGCCGCCACUUUCCGCGUCCUCACCUCCGCGCUCUGCCGCGCAAGACGCCCCUCCGCCGCCGCCGGCCUCCUGCGCUGCAUGCCCUCCCUCCACCUCGACCCGGACUCGCCGCUGUGCCGCGCCGUGCUCUCCUCCCUGUGCCGCUGCGCACCGGCCCGGGACGCGGCGGCGUUCCUGGACGACAUGCGCCGGUGGGGCGUCCCGCCCAGCGGGCUUGACCACCGCGCUGUCCUCCGCGCCCUCCUACGGGAGGGGAUGGUGGCGGAGGCAUACGAGGUCGUCAGGGAGAAGAUGGACUCCGACGGCGUGCCCCCCGGGGUGGCCGACUUCGAGCUGAUGCUCCGCGCGUUCAGCGAGCACGGGGAGUUCGACGCCGUCGACCAGGCGUUCGACGAAAUGCUCCUUCGAGGGCUCGUGCCGGGCGUGGCCGUCUACAACGUGUACGUCGCCGCGCUGUGCAAGAAAGGGGACCUGGCCGGCGCGCGCCGGAUGGUGGAGUGCAUGGAGCGCGCCGGCUGCCCGCCGAACGUCAGGACGUUCGGCGUAGUGGUUGCCGGGUGCGUGUCCGCCGGGGACGCCGGCGCUGCCAGGGACGUGGCGUCGGAGGCGGUGCGUCGGGGCCUGCGGUGGGAUACGCCGUCGAUGGUGGAGCUGGUCGGCCUGCUCAGGGCGGGCGGGCAGGUCGCGGACGCGCACGGGCUGCUGCUGGACGUGUUCCUGCACGGCGGGUGCACUGGACUGGACGCCUCGACGCUCGGGCAGCUGAUAUGUGCCAGCGAAGACGCCUGCAGCGUGAUCACAGAUCACCCGAAAGACUAGAAAGUGCAUCACAUUUUGAGGUCCAUGCUUCGAUUAAUCUGUUCCGAAUGUUUCAGCUGCAGGUCAAUCCGUCAAUGCAUUCUAGUGCUUCAUGAAUGUCCACCGGAUAUUUAGACGUAUGUAUUUCACAUAAUUUCAAAAGUUUAAUUGCUUUAUGCA